AUGGCUAAGCUUCACUUUCUACUAGCGUAUUUUAGCACCGUUGUGCUGGCUGCCACAACGUGCGUUACCCCGCCCUCCCUACAGGUGACUUCAAAGCGAGAUUUAGCCGUAUCGCACGCGACUGCGACAGCUAGUUCUCCGACAUUACGUGGACCUUGGAACACUACUUCGCUUCGAGGCUGGAAUGCGACACACGUCACGCAGUCUAAGGGUACUGCAUCUGCGUCCCGACCUACAACUACUGUAAAUGUCGGCGAAGCAGGGGAGCUUGUCUUCUCGCCGUCGUCACUGAAUGCCUCCGCUGGGUCGGUCAUCGCGUUCAAUUUUCUGGCACUGAACCAUACAUUGACUGAGAGUGACCUCUGGGAUCCAUGCCACAGCAAUCAGAGAUUUGACACUGGAUUUCACCAGUACAAUCCGGCUAACGUGAGCGGGAAAUUCGUAGUCGAGAUUGAGGUCACCAGUCAGGAAGCAAAAUGGUUCUUCUGCGCGCAAACAGCAAAGCGCUCUCAUUGUCGGGCGGGGAUGGUCUUCAGUUUAAAUCCACAUGGAGCGCAUGCUGAAUUUCUGCACAACGCCUUGGCAGGCGUUGGAGCCACAGCAGCGCCGACUAACAGUAUGUGUGAGCUGCCCUCGGUUCAUCUGACAUCAAGCAAAACAAACACGAUUAUGGCCCCUACUGGCACGUCGUCCGCGAACUCCAGGAAUAGCUCGGUAGCUAUAGCCCCUCCCAUCUUUAGUUCCGCGGGCACGACUAUGAAGUUUAGUGUGUGGUCUAUGUUCGUCCUCGCACUUCUAUAG